AUGUGCGAGCGCAGCAGUCUUUACAGAGCGGGCUAUGUGGGCUCGCUCCUGAACCUGCAGUCCCCGGACUCCUUCUACUUCUCCAACCUGCGGCCGAAUGGAGGCCAGCUGGCCGCGCUGCCCCCCAUCUCCUACCCGCGCGGCGCGCUGCCCUGGGCCACCGCGCCCGCCUCCUGCGCCCCCGCGCAGCCCGCCGGGGCCACGGCCUUCGGCAGCUUCUCGCAGCCCUACCUGGCCGGCUCCGGGCCGCUGGGCCUGCAGCCCCUGGGCGCCAAGGACCGGCCCGAAGAGCAGGCCAAGUUCUAUACGCCCGACGCGGUCGCCGGGCCGGAGGAGCGCGGCCGAGCGCGGCCGCCCUUUGCCCCCGAGCCCGGCCUGGCCCCCGCGGCCGCGGGUCUCAAAUCGGCCAAGUACGACUACGCGGGGGUGGGCCGUGCGGCGCCCGGCUCCGCGGCCCUGCUUGAGGGGACCCCCUGCGCCGCCGGCUUCAAGGACGACGCCAAGGGCCCGCUCAACUUGAACAUGACAGUGCAGGCAGCGGGCGUCGCAUCUUGCCUGCGACCUUCGCUGCCCGACGGCCUGCCGUGGGGGGCGGCCCCCGGGAGGGCCCGCAAGAAGCGGAAACCCUACACCAAGCAGCAGAUCGCGGAGCUGGAGAACGAAUUCCUCCUGAACGAAUUCAUCAACCGGCAGAAGCGCAAGGAGUUGUCCAACAGGCUGAACCUCAGCGACCAGCAGGUUAAAAUCUGGUUCCAGAACCGUCGCAUGAAGAAGAAGCGCGUGGUGCUUCGGGAGCAGGCGCUGGCGCUCUACUAG